AUGCCGCCAUCCGAUUUGAAGUCCUUGCUCGAAGCCGAACAGUCCCGAGGCUUGACGCAUUCAGCCAUUCUGCAACACUGGCUUCGACUUCAGACGAUCCAUUUCGGCAACGCGGCGGUGGCGGCUAAUCACCUUCGCGACGCUAUCCUUGUCGGCCUCGACGUAGAGUGGUAUGAACACAAUCCCGAGUACAUCACCGAGCUAGGCGUCUCUGUACUAGACCCCAUGUUCAUCAACGAUUGGAGCUCACUAUGGGAGGUACUGCGAAUGAUUGUCAAUCACCACGUGCGCAUCAAGCCCAACGCACAUAUGGUGAACUCGGAGCUUUGUCACGGAUACCCGGAGAAGUACCAGUUUGGCAAGACCACGUUCGUCAGCACAGAAGAAGCAGCUUCGAUGCUGCGCCAUCUUUUCACCCGCUUCAACUCGUUUGGCCAGCGUCGUCCAGUCAUCUUCCUAGGUCACGCUGUAGACAACGACACAAAGAUGAUCAAAGAGCGCUUUGGCUUCGACAUCGACAGCCUCGAUGUCGUCGUGGCGACUCUCGACACGCAAAUCCUGGCUGUUGAGGCUGGCCUUGCUACCCCAGGACGCAAGAUGCGGCUUUGCGAUAUGCUGGCUAAGUUCAAUGUGGUAGAGGCGUACCUCCACAAUGCUGGCAACGACAUUGUGUGCACAAUGAUUGGAGCGUUGCUAAUGGUAUACCCAAGCUCACCGAAGGAUAAUGCAGCGUUAUAUCAAGGCCUCAAGGUUUAUCUCCAAAACUGGAGCAAAAUGAGCUACGGAGUGCCCGUCUUUUGUACCAAGUGCGACUCGAACAGCCACGUUGCUGCGGGGUGCUAUGCAGUGGUUCACUGCGCACUCUGCGCGACGCUUCCGCAUCGCCGGAGUAAUGCGAAUAUGCACAAGACGGAGAAGUGUCUUGAGUUGGUCAAGCACGCAGCCAGGCAGGUUGCGCCUUCCCUCCCUCGACUUUCCCCUGCGCCACUGAAUGUGUGUCCGUGUCAGUAUUGCAUCGAGUCGCCGGAUCGACAGCGGAACAAGUCUGGUAAUGCGUAUAGCCACACGAAGGAGACUUGUCCUUACAAGUAG